UGUUCGGAAAAAUGCGUCUAAUCAGUGUUAUAUUGUUUUUAAUAAUAAAUGAUCUAUGUUCAGCAUAUAAGAUACUUCUGAUGUUCCCAGUACCGGGAAGAAGUCAUGCGAUUCUUGGCGAAGGUUUUGUUCGUCAUCUUCUGAAUGAUGGACAUGAGGUAACUUAUAUAACGCCAAUAAUUAUGAAAAUGACGCAUCCGAGAUUAAGACAAAUUGAUAUAUCAAAUAGCAAACUCAUGCCUCCAGAUCAAAUGUUUGAUACACAAAAUAUUUUAAUGAACAAAUGGGAUUUUAAGAAUAUUAAGUUUAUGCUAUUUGUGACAACUAAUUUUGUUAACGGUACACUCACUCAUCCGAACAUUCAGCGUUUGAUCCACGACCCUAGCGAACAAUUUGACGCUGUUAUCGUCGAAUGGCUUUACAGUGAACUUUAUGCUGGAUUUGCUUCAGUAUUCGACUGUCCGCUGAUUUGGUCGUCUUCUUUGGACCCACAUUGGUUGGUAUUGGACCUAAUUGAUGAAAUCCCCAACCCAGCGUACAAUCCUCAGCAUCUCGCCGACAUAGUGACACCAUUAGGUUUCUGGAAUCGGGCGGAAGAGCUAUGGCAUGUGAUACACACAAAAUAUUUCAAGUGGAGACUUAGACAUAAAGAGAAUCAUAUUUUUGACAACGCAUUUGCAUCGUCUGUUGCUUUGAGAGGGAGAAUUUUACCGCCCCUCAACGAAGUAAGAUAUAAUGGAUCUCUCAUCUUGGGAAACUCACAUUUAUCUGCAGGUACUGCUAUGCGCUUACCUCCUAAUUAUAUACCAAUUGGAGGUUAUCACAUUAAGGAAAAUAUUGAUCCAUUACCAUCGAACCUACAAGAUAUUGCCGACAAUGCUCGAAACGGAUUCAUUUACUUCAGCAUGGGAUCGAUGUUGAAAAGCAGCAGAAUCCCUGAUGAAAUGAAGAAAGGACUAUUAAAUGUAUUUAGCAAAUUGGAUCAGACGAUAAUUUGGAAAUUCGAACAAGAAUUACCUGAUCGACCUAAUAAUGUACAUAUAGUGUCGUGGGCACCACAAUUAAGUAUUUUGGCUCAUCCAAAUUGCAAAUUAUUCAUCACCCAUGGAGGUUUGUUAUCUGUACUUGAAACAUUACACUUUGGUGUUCCAAUUAUCGGUGUGCCCAUGUUCGGAGAUCAGCAUAUGAACAUAAAUCGAGUUGUAGAAAAAGGUUUCGGAAUGAGAGUGGAUUUGAACGACGACGUUGUGGGUAACAUGGAAAUAGCUAUUAGAGAAAUAUUGGACAAUCCAAGAUAUGCACAGAAAGUGAAAGAGUACUCAUUUAUCUACCACGAUCGCUCGACAUCACCAGGACAGGAGUUAACACAUUGGGUUUCACACGUUAUACGAACGAAGGGUGCUCCACAUCUACGCUCCCCAGGGUAUAUGUUGCCCUGGUACCAAAAACUGUAUUUAGAUUUAGCAAUUGUUAUAUUUGUAACGUUUUACUUAUCUGUUAAGAUUUUAUUUCAAAUAUUCCUUAAUUCAAAGUUGCUUUAG